CACCCACAGUUCAUCUCCCAGCCCCGCCGGUCUUCCUGUCCUCGGUCAUCCAUCUGCCAAUCAUGUCCCGCGAACGUACCUACAUCAUGGUCAAGCCCGACGGUGUCGAGCGUGGUCUCGUUGGUGAGAUCAUCAAGCGCUUCGAGCAGAAGGGCUACAAGCUCCAGGCUCUCCAGCUCCUCAAGCCCACCGAGGAGCUCCUCCGCGAGCACUACUGCGACCUCACCUCCAAGUCCUUCUUCCCCAAGCUCCUGAACUACAUGCUCUCUGGCCCCGUUGUCGGCAUGGUCUGGGAAGGCAAGGAGGCUGUCAAGACUGGCCGCAAGCUCCUUGGCGAGACCAACCCCCUCGCCUCGCUCCCCGGCACCAUCCGUGGCGACUUCUGCAUUGACGUCGGAAAGAACCUCUGCCACGGCUCUGACUCUGUCGAGAACGCCGAGAAGGAGAUUGCUCUGUGGUUCCCCGCCGGCACCGUCGCCUGGACCAAGCAGACCGAGUCUCUCAUCUACGAGUAAACGGUUGGCUCACCGAGCUUUUAGUGUCCGUCAGCACCUCUCCUCCAUCCCACCGUAUCCCCCAUCCCGCAUCUUGGACCGGUCUCCCUCGCCUGUACCUUUCCCUGAGCUAGUAUAUGCACCUAGCGACAAUACAAGGCGUGCGUGCCCAGCAAAGACACGGAGGCUAUGUUUGAGACAGAG